AUGGCACCCCCGAAGAGAGCACUCAUCGCCGUGACCUCGGCUCAUGCCCCACUUUAUCCCGAGGGCCAUGAGACGGGCCUUUUUAUCACGGAAGCCCUCCACCCCUUCAACGUCUUCAGGGAGGCCGGCCUCGAGGUCGACCUCGUCUCCGAGACCGGCACGUACCAACCUGAUUGGCUAUCCCAACAGCCGAAUUGGCUCCCGGAGGAAGACCGCAAAGUCUGGGAGGACCAUUCGAGCGAAUUCCGGUCCAAGCUGGAUAAGCUGCUGAAGCCCAGCGACAUCAUUCCGGCCAAGGUGAGGACGCCCAUCGCCCUCCAGCCUCAAGGUAUAUAUGGCAUUUUCUUCGCCUCGGCGGGGCAUGCCUCUCUGAUCGACUACCCGGAUGCCAGGGGGCUGCAGUCGAUCGCUUCAAAGAUGUACACCGAUGGGAGCAUCAUAUCAGCAGUGUGCCACGGAGGCGCCAUCUUCCCGGGUAUAAUCGACCCCUCGACCAACAGGUCCAUCAUCGCCGGCAAAAAGGUCACCGGCUUCACCACAAAGGGCGAGGAGGAGGAGGGCGUCCUCAAUAUCAUACAGUCAUGGAACCGGCCGACAAUCGAGUCGUCCGCCGCCUCUGCCGGCGCAAUCUACAUCCCGCCCCCGGGCCCCUGGGACGCCUUUACGCACACUGACGGGCGCAUCGUCACGGGUGCGAACCCGGCCAGCGCCCACGUCACCGCCGAGGCCGCCGUCGAGGCCUUUGAGAAGCUCUGA